CUCAUGCAGCCGGAGGGGCGGGGCCAGAGGUGGGUGUGUGUCUCUCAGCUGAUGCGCGUAUCAACCGACCGACUCCAUCAUCAGCAUCCGACGCUGACCGCGGUCGAAGGCAGCAUCCCUAAUGUUCCCGACCCGCGGUACCAUCGCAGGGAUAAUUCAGAGCCCCGGCCAGAACCAGGACUGACGCCGCCGUCGCCGCCGCCGCUGCUGCUGCUGCCUUCUGACAAUAUUGUUUACCGAGGCUGCCAUCUUACAAAAAAAAAAAAAAAAAAAAAAAAAAAAAACCCGCCGAGCUGCAAAAUAGUGAGUAGCCUUUGAUGAUGGACCGCCAGGAUGCUACAAUCGUGUGUGUGCCCCCACUACCUGCAUUAGGUUGUGAUGACCCACACUACUUCCAAAUGUAUCUGUGACCCUCCCCAAUCCUGACUCCUAACCUCUAAUCCCUGACCUUUGACCCCACUAUGGGCAGUGUUGGCAGUGGGGUGGCAGGAGAGCAGGAGUUUGCCAUGAAGUCUGUGGGCACGAGGACCACCCUGCCCCGGGCCCCUCCUCUCUCUCGCCGUUGCCCUGCCGACCGCAGCUGCAGCGCAGAGCGGCUGCCCCGCCCCCCGGCGACUAUAUCAGACGGGACGGCGUCUAGCGAUGAGCGAGGGAGUGUUAGUAUCGGGACUGGGACCUGUACCGGGACUGACCGGCCCACCGAAACAGCUUCCUCCACCAACACUGAAUGUACCAUGACGGCCCCGUCCAACAACAACCAGUUGGACUGUGGCAACGGAGCAGGCAGGCGGGAGAGGGAGUGGGAAAGGGAGAGGGAGAGGCAGCGUGAGAGGGGGAGAGACAGGGACCGGGACCGAGACUGGGACCGAGAGAGGCUGGAGAGGGAGCGAGAGAGGGAGAGGAACCGGGAGAGGGAGCGGGAACGAGUGGAGAGGGAGAGGCUGGAG